UGUCCAAAGUGGGGGAGGCAAUGUUGCCAAUAACAGGCCAAUAGGCCAAUUUCUGCAGUUUGAAUCUGUACCACUAGAGGGCGCAGUUAGCUGGGAAUUGUGGGAUAGUUGCCAAAAAUAGCACCACAACAGUUUCUCCGAGUCCGCCAUUUUUCGCGAGUGGUUGUGUGUGGCCGACAGUACCGACUGAAGAAACUCCAGCAUGGCUCGUACGAAGCAGACAGCCCGUAAGUCCACUGGUGGGAAGGCCCCCCGUAAGCAGCUGGCAACCAAGGCAGCCAGGAAGAGCGCUCCGUCCACUGGGGGUGUCAAGAAGCCUCAUCGUUACAGGCCUGGUACUGUGGCUCUGCGUGAAAUCCGUCGGUACCAGAAGUCCACUGAGCUUCUGAUCAGGAAACUGCCAUUCCAGCGCUUGGUGCGUGAGAUCGCCCAGGACUUCAAGACGGACUUGCGGUUCCAGAGUGCCGCCAUCGGAGCACUGCAGGAGGCCAGUGAAGCGUACCUGGUGGGUCUGUUUGAGGACACCAACCUGUGUGCCAUCCACGCCAAGCGUGUCACCAUCAUGCCCAAGGACAUCCAGCUGGCCCGUCGUAUCCGCGGCGAGCGUGCUUAGGUCCGCGUGACGCCUCCGCCGCCAGCUUUCCAUGCUCUUAUUCCACUAUAUUGUAUGUUAGGCAAUAGUGUAUGCGACUAAUGUGUGUAUAAGUAUGCUAUGUAGUUUGAUAGAGAUGGCUUCACAUAUGUCCCGUACGGAUGUCUCGAUCAUGAUGAAUUGUAGAAAGAUGGGUUUUGCCUUUAGCAUAGUAAUCCUGAUGCAAGUGAUCCUAAAGGCAUCUCGGUUUGUUGAAGUGAGGUUGGAGACAUCUACUGCUGUACUUGUAUGAUAGCUGUGCUCACUGACAGUAUUUUGUAUGCGUGGUGAGACGUAGUGGGUUUUUAGUCGUCUUUUUAUCCGUAUGGUUUCUCCCAGGUGAGGACACGGGGCUCUGUUGGCGAGUUAGGUGGUGUUUCUUUCGCAAGUCCCAUUUUCCAGCAAACAGCGACCAAUAAGGGUGCACUUUAUCUGGGUUAGGCACGGCCUGGGUAUCCAACGGCUCGCCUGAUUGGCUGCCUGUUGGUGCCGAACCCAGCAAAAGUUGAAGAUUCCUCUACCUCAGCUGCAAACAUCUUAGGACUCUAGACCUUUUUGGUACAGUACUAACACAGUCGUCAAUGUGUAAAAGCAUAUAUAAGUUUUUGGUACUACUACUGAUGUUGUAAACUGCAUAUCUUCCACAAGUCAAGUUUUCUAGUGACAACUUAUACUGUAGUAGAUCUCUCUAGAUACACAAGAAAAGUUUUAUUUCUGUAUUUCCCUUCAUGUAUCACUCUACUUUAUCCAAUAAAAGUGGUUGGUAUGGUUGUA